AUGGCUAAUCCGAACGAGCCACCCCUGGACGAGAUCCAAUGGCGCGCGCCCGAGAUCGCGGCUUCGAUGCAGGGCAUCCACUCCAACAGCGUGCUCUUCUACUUUGCCGAGUCACCAUUCUUCGACCGCCAGUCCAACAACGCCGUCAUCACAAACCAAGCUAUGUUCAACCCGGCGCUGCUUAAGAACCUGGCGACACGUGAGGCCUUUGAGGGCGAGCUUGACAAGAUGAGCGGCCUCGAGUUCCGCGUGCUGCACGCGCCGGCCGACAUGGUUACCGGCACGGGCGUGUGGACGAUCGUCAAGCAAACGAGGCAGAAGAACCUCGACCGGAACAGGAUGGAGACGAGGCCUCUGGCGUAUUAUUUUGUGGUUGGGGAAAACAUCUACCAGGCGCCGACGCUGGGUGACAUUCUUAGCUCGAGAAUUGAGUCCAUUGCCGAGGCGAUGCGUAAGGUCCUCCCCGCAACAGAAAGUGUGCGCAAGUGGACGCCCUCCCUGGGCCACGUCUACACCCAGCCUACUCCCCCCUCCGCCCUCUCUCGCGUGACCGCUUCCAAGGAUGGCGGCGAAACCCCCAUGCCCGACGGCACCGCUGCGAACGCCAACGCCACGGCCGCCGCGAAGUCUGCCAUUGCAGCCAAGAAGGACUCGACAAAGAACGCUCUCGACCGGCUCGCGGAGGAGUCGUUCCUGAUCCACAUGCGCCACGGCGGCGACUACUUUGACGAGAACCCUAUCACAGGCCGGCCCGGCGACUUCCACUUCGCGAGCACGGGGCGCAAGGACAAGAUCGCGCCGCCGCCGCCGAAGCCGGUUCUCAACACGAAGCUGGCGGAGGAGACGAAGAAGGACGGGAAGGAGAGCAAGAGUCCCAAGACGCCUACCGUGCCGAAGCUCAAGAGGAAGAAGAGCAAGGUCGCGACGCCGGGGACCACCCCGGGGCCGUCUUCUUGA